AUCGAACACCAUGACCAAACACAUCCCAACGCCCCCACAACCACACCGACCCAACCCCAAACCCAUGCAUCCCAGAUCAGUUCUACAAACCACCCUCCGCACCUCCCAACUCCUCCUCGCCAUCAUCAUCGCCGCCCUCUACGGCAUUGAUCUCGCCCACGCAACUCACACUAACACCCACGCGCAAGCGAGCUGGAUCUACGCCGAAUUCGUCGCCACAGUUUCUAUCCUCAUCUCUACCCUAAACCUCCUUCUCCCAGCCAUCCACGCGUCAUGGUCAACGAUAGACGGCAUCAUCAUGGUACUUUGGCUCGCCCAGGUGGGCGUGUUCGGAACGUUAUACCUUCCUGUGCGUGCGGCAGUGGAGGACGUGCGGUUCACGUCAUCGGUCAGGCGAAUGCAGGCGGCUGUUUGGUUGGAUAUGGUUUGUUUGGGGUUGUGGUUGGGCACGACGGGGUGGGGGGUUGUGCGGGGUGUGGGGGGUGGGAGGAGAAAGAGGGAAAGGUGUGUGGAGGGCGAUGAGGAGGGGUGUGUUGGCAGUGAGAAGAAAGGUGAGAUGGAAGGUGCUAAGAGAUUGUCACUAGCGAGUACGGUUUGGGAUGGGGGUGAGAAGUGCGAUGGGGGAUUGAAGAAGUGCUACGACAAGGAGGAAUGUCAUAUGGAUAUGAGGGAUUGCUCGGCUUACAAGUUUGGACUGGUUUUAGUGAUAGAUGUUUGGCGGGCACUCAUCCGUAACCCUAAGCUUUACACCGCCUACAACCUCUUCCCCGAAAUCCUUCCGUGGUUAUACACUCGGAUGCCAGGGUCUGAGUGA